UUAGCAUGGCGUCUCAACAACAGGACAGGUCCGAGCUCGAUGCCAAGGCCAGGCAGGGAGAGACGGUUGUCCCCGGCGGCACCGGCGGCAAAAGCCUCGAGGCCCAGGAGCACCUUGCUGAAGGGAGAAGCCGAGGAGGGCAGACUCGGAGGGAGCAGCUGGGGACGGAGGGCUACCAGGAGAUGGGGCGCAAGGGAGGGCUGAGCACUGGUGACAAGUCCGGUGGGGAGCGGGCCGGGGAGGAAGGAGUGGAGAUCGAUGAGUCUAAGUUUAGGACUAGGAAUACUUAGAACUACAUAUAUCCUUUGUAUCGUCUCUGUCUCUGUCUCUGUAGUAGCUACAUUAAGUUGUUAGUGUAGAAGUUGUCACCUCUUUUCUCAGUCGCUGCCGUAGCUUCUACUAGUUUCGGUGUUGUCUUGUAAUAAUGAUAGUUGUGUAUC